AAAUUGGCUAGGACUGCCUGAGACUAAACCAGCCUCCCCCAUCCCUGAUGUCACAAUUCAGAGGCCGCUGCCUGCCUAGGAGGUUGUAGAAAGCUCUGUAGGUUCUCUCUGUGUGUCCUCCAGGGCUCCUCAGGCCAGGUCCCUGUCUGAUGGCUUUUAUGAAGAAAUAUCUCCUCCCCAUUCUGGGGAUCUUCUUGGCCUACUACUACUAUUCUGCGAAGGAGGAAUUCAGACCAGAGAUGCUUCGAGGAAAAAGAGUGAUUGUCACAGGGGCCAGCAAGGGGAUUGGAAGAGAGAUGGCCUAUCAUCUGGCGAGAAUGGGAGCCCAUGUGGUAGUGACAGCGAGGUCAGAAGAAGCUCUAAAGAAGGUGGUAUCCCACUGCCUGGAGCUCGGUGCAUCCUCCGCACACUACGUUGCUGGCACCAUGGAGAACAUGACCUUCGCAGAGCAAUUUGUUGCCAAAGCUGGAAAACUCAUGGGGGGACUAGACAUGCUCAUUCUCAACCACAUCACCAACACCAACAAUCCUAUGACUGUAUUUAUCGAUGACAUUGACCACGUGCGCAAAAGCAUGGAGGUCAACUUCCUGAGUUAUGUGGUCCUGAGCGGGGCCGCCAUGCCCAUGCUGAAGCAGAGCAACGGGAGCAUUGUGGUUGUCUCCUCGAUAGCCGGUUGUAAUCAAGAAUACAAAACGGGGGCUUCCCUGGUGGUGCAGUGGUUGAGAGUCCGCCUGCCGAUGCAGGGGACGCAGGUUCGUGCCCCGGAUCCGGUCUGGGGGAUCCCACGUGCCACGGAGCGGCUGGGCCUGCGAGCCAUGGCCGCUGAGCCUGCGUGUCCGGAGCCUGUGCUCCGCAACGGGAGAGGCCACAGCACUGAGAGGCCCGCGUACCACAAAAAGAAUAUCUUUUACCUUGAGGUUAUAUAUUCACACAUAUUUUAUUAUCUUAUUUUCCACAUAUAUUCUCUAAUAUAAUUUGAAUUUAUUUAUUAGAAUGGCAUUUUUCUUUUCUCCAAAUAGCUAUUUGUUCCAACGUGAUUUUUGGAACAGCUCAUGCUUUUCUCACCAAUUUGAAAUACUAAUACUACUAAUAAUAGCAUUUACUAAGUGUCAGUUUGUCCUAAGUCUAUUACAUGGAUUACUUCAGCUUAGUAAUAUUAUUAUCCACAUAUUACAGCUAAGAAAUGGCAUACUUGGGAUUUCACACCCAGGUCAUCUAACUCGAGAACUCAUAGUUUUGACAAUUGUGCUAUUCUUAUAAACAAUUUGGAUCUAUUUUUGACUUAAACAACAGGAAAAUUAUUGACAUAAGUGGAAGCAGAUGCAGGGCAGGCAACUGACUUGGCUCAAGCUCAGGGUCCCCGUGACUCUCUUGGCUCUGCUCUCCUCCAUGUGUGGCUUCAUCCUCAAGCUGACAGUGAGACAGAUGUAGCAAUUUCAGCCCUCAUAUCCAUACACGGAAAUGUCCAGCAGAAGAGAAACAGGAUUUCUACUUUAAGAAACUCUCCCACAAGGAAAAGCACUUUCCCAGACACUCCAACAAGAUUCCGCUCAAGUCUCAUUGGUCCAAACUGGGCCCCAUGCCCAUUCCAGUAACAAUCAUGGGCAAGGAGGAUGGUAUUAAAUAAAUCAUACAAGCCACCCCUAGAGUUAGAGAUGGUAUCAGCUUUCCUUUGGCACAUGGGCUACAUAAAAGUGAGGGAGACUCCCAACAUGGAUUAGGUGCAGCUCUCUGACACAGAAAACCUAAAAUAACAGUGGAUGUAAUAAGUUAAAAGGCAAAUCAAGUCUGGAGGUAAGCAGUAUAGGGCUAGAAUGGCAGCUCCAUGGUCACCCAGGUUCCUUCCUUUUCUCUAAAUGCUCUGCCAUUCUCAACAUACGGCUUCUACUUCAAGGUCCAUGAUAGUUCUGGGGUCAACCUUCAGGAACCAAGAAGGAGGAAGGAUUGAGAAGGGAGAGACUGAUUUCUUCCUUUAAGGACAUAUCCCAGAAAUCACGUGACACACUUUUGUGUACAACUUAUUGGAUGGUACUUAGUCAUUUGGCACCAUCUGGCUGAAAGAAGCUGAGAAGUGUGGACUUUAUUCCAGAUAACGGAGCCCAGCUACAAAUCUGGGAUUCUACUGCUAAGGAAGAGGGGCAGAAGAUAUUUGGAGAGAAUACUGCAGUCUCUGCAACAAGUGGAAACAUGAAUUCAGUUGGGGUUCUGAUACAGAGGAAGAAAAGGGAACUGAUUUCUUGUUAAGCAACAACAAUGUAUCUUGAUGCCCUGCUUGGGUCUUUGGUCCAGCCUUAGACUAGUCAGUAACCCAGUGGUAUCAGAAACUCUGAUUGGCCAUCCUGUGUUACACACCCAUUCCUGGAACUUGACUGUAGAGUUACCUCAAGCCAAAACUCAUGAUUGAGGAUUGAGGAUGGAGUGUUUCCCUACAGAGAUUUGUUUGUAUUUUUUGAAUUUUUAAGAGUUCUUUAUAUACUAAAGAUUGAUGAUAUUAAGCUUUUGUCUGACUAAUAUGUUGAAAAUUAUCUUCUAGUUUAUCAUUUACCCUUUAUCUUUAUAGUGAAAUUAUUAUAGUUACCGUUUUGGCAUAUAGAAAUUUUACAUUGUGUUUAAUAAAAUAUUCUUUGCCUU